AGCCAAAAAUAGCUUCCGGAGCAAAUCGGAAGUUGCUUUGUUUUGCUCCAAGAUGGCUGCGGGGAUGUAUCUGGAACAUUAUCUGGACAGUAUUGAAAACCUGCCCUUUGAAUUGCAGAGAAACUUCCAGCUCAUGAGGGACCUAGACCAAAGAACAGAAGACCUGAAGGCCGAGAUUGACAAGCUGGCCACCGAGUACAUGAGCAGCGCCCGCAGCCUGAGCCCCGAGGAGAAACUGGCCCUUCUCAAACAGAUCCAGGAGGCCUACGGCAAGUGCAAGGAGUUCGGGGACGACAAAGUACAGCUGGCCAUGCAGACCUAUGAGAUGGUGGACAAACACAUCCGGCGCCUGGACACGGACCUAGCCCGUUUUGAGGCUGAUCUGAAAGAGAAGCAGAUUGAAUCAAGUGACUGUGACAGCUCUUCGAGCAAAGGCAAAAAGAAAGGUCGAACCCAGAAGGAGAAGAAGGCCGCCCGUGCUCGCUCCAAAGGGAAGAACUCGGAUGAGGAGGCCCCCAAGGCUGCCCAGAAGAAGCUAAAACUUGUGCGCACAAGUCCUGAGUAUGGGAUGCCCGCAGUGGCCUUUGGCAGUGUCCACCCCUCUGAUGUGUUGGAUAUGCCUGUGGAUCCCAACGAACCCACCUAUUGCCUUUGUCACCAGGUCUCCUAUGGAGAGAUGAUUGGUUGUGACAACCCUGAUUGUUCCAUUGAGUGGUUCCACUUUGCCUGUGUGGGGCUGACCACCAAGCCUCGGGGAAAAUGGUUUUGCCCACGUUGUUCGCAAGAACGGAAGAAGAAAUAGAUAAGGGCCUUGGAUUCCAGCAGUUUCUUCCAUGUCCCCUGACCUGGGCUCCUGGGCAAAGGCAUGCCUGUGUGGGGCCAGGGGUUCUGGGAGAAGUGGGUGGCCCAGGCUGUCAUCCCUUCCUCCCCCACUCUCUGCUCCCCACGCCGAGUGUCCUGGUUGCACCCAGCCACAGCAAGAGAGGUUGCCCCAGCCACUGGGGGGUGAGCUCUUUCUCGACCCUCCUCUCAGAGGGAAGCCAUCUUGCCCACUGUCCUUUGGCCUCUGUGCUGAUGUUGGUGCUGUAUUUCUGAAGGAAGGCCCACUUUGUUCCCCCUUGCUUUCUGUAUAUAAAGACUGGGCAGGAGCUUGGGGGUAGUUGCCAUAGCCUUCUUAAUUUCCCUUCCCCCCUUUGGUGGGGAUUGGGUAUGAUGAACUUGUUCUCCCUUUUCUUGCUCAUUUCUUCAUGGUGGGGGUACCCCACAUCAUACCUGCCUGGGCCCCAGUUGGCAGAGCACCCAUUCCUUUGUGCCAAGGGGAUUUAGCCUGGCCUUGUGGGGGAGGGUCAUGGUGGUUACAGACAGCAUCCGUGUGAAAGAAAUCCAGGUGGAUAAAUAAAAAACAUACACGCUG